AUGUAUAAUGGCUACGAAUAUGCAGACGACGAGCUCGAGCGGGUCAUAGAGCAACAGAUGGCGGCCGCAAAAGCUGCCCACCAGGCCCAAACAUGGGGAAUGCGAGCACAGAUCAACAAUGCGACCCCGGCCGAAGGGACCGUCGAGAUCCCUGGGCGACGAAGCGUCGCAGAGUUGGCCAACAAUCUCGCCGGACGACUUGAAGUUAAAGCCCCAAAUGGCCUAACAUCCGGUCGUCCAAAAACCCCGGUCAGCGCCCCGGCCCCGUUUCAGCUGGGACGAGUGGUGGAUGAGCCGAGGGUGCUAGACGGACCGGUGGAUCCGAAGAAGUAUUUCCAAGGAGUGCCUCCGCCCAGUUCGGUACAGGUCACAUCACCCCCUGUGCAGCGGAAGACUCCAAAUAUUGCUCAAUCUUUCCUCAAUGCACAAGCCAGCGCUCGCCCAUCUCAUUCAUUAUCGUCGAAUUUUCGUAACGGCGUGCACGCCGGAUUGUCGAAUAACGCCUUCUCCGAUCCGUCUAACUCCCCGGGUUUCUACCGGCGACAAUGGGGUCCAGGCGGAAAGCCGAACGGCUCUGGGACCCCGAAUCCGGCGAUAAACAGCCAGGCCGUUGUCACAAAGUCUUCCGUCACCUACUCACGCCCACCACUGACUCAACAAAAGCAAACUGAGGCUGCCGAAGACCCGGAAAAGAAUCACGAUCUGGGUGGCACACUCUCGCCGGCGGAUACGGCAACGAUCAGCAGCUACGGAAGUGUACUAUCUACGGAAGAAGAUCGCUUCAUGUCGCCAGUCGGCAAUUCCGGUGCCGAUGAUCAACCGACCAAUGGUAUUGAUGCGGAAAAAGGGAAAGAAGGAGGCUAUCGGCAGCGAGCAUCCCGCCGCGCCAAUCCCGGUGAGCUUGAAUUUGAUAAUUUUGUUGAGUUUAAGACGGAGGAGACCGAAAACACUAAUACUGACGGCAGCGAAAUGAGCGCCGAGGAGCAACGCCAGUUACGCCAACCACCACCCACCGCCCCCAAGCCGGUCACCCCGCUACAUUUUGCCGCUCCAAACCUAGCAAAAGAGGAAACGAGCAUGGAAUUGACGGAGACUAACGCGUCAUCAGUCCACGAGCCCAUCCUUGCUCGAACGCAUGCUCCGGAUGUUCAUCUAGCGCGCACGACCCCUGUCGUUUUCGAUCGACCACCCGAGGAGGACGACGAGCCGACCGAUCCACCAGCCCCUGGGCGCACAAUGGACCUGGAAUCAUCAACUACGGCCCGACAGUUCGCCUACACGACCAGUCGCCCCGAUCACUACGCGACGAUCCGCCGGGGUACGGCCUCACUCAUUUCCCCGGCGGCUGCCCGUAUCGGCCCUUCCCGUAGCACACAAGACAGUGGAUAUGGGGAGGUUCAGACAACACCCGAUGGCCACGGAGCACCGUCUUUUGAUGCCCUUUCCGUUAACACCUACUCGCAAGCGCCCAGCGAAGAAUUCAAUGCGGCUGCAUCCCCGCGAUUGGAGGGCCGCGCGGUGGAAUGCAAAUUUUGGACUGGAGAACCGCGUGGCCGGGGCCAGCGCGCAAACGUGGAAUGCCCGUCUCCGCGUCCGGAU